CUGUCCUGUACUGGAUGGCUGUAACGCUGGGUUUGUUCCUGUCUGCUGGAAACAGUUUGGCUGAUGUGGACCAGAACAAACUUGCAGAAUUUGUAACAGAGAUACUGAAAAGGUAUAGACCGAUCUACACAGGCAGCAACGGUCAAAGAAGAGAACCCAUGUUCAGUCUGGCUGUAAGCAUCCCAUACAACAGUGACAGGAAAAUGUAUGACAUCAGUCAAGUGACUGACACUGGUGAACAAGUCUGGCAAAGUAUUUUGAAGAAAUGUGAAGUGUACACCAGUAAGAGGAUGGUCGCAGCUACAGUUCUGAGAUGGCCCAAUGUUGUGGAUCAGUGUCCUGAGGGACGUGUGCAAUGGUCUGAUCUUCCAACAAAAUGUGGUCAAACGUGGGCUGAUGUUAAAAAAAAUUGUCCUACAGAAAUUGAAGAUGGCAGAGCUGAUCAUGCAGAGUACCGUACUCUACAAAACUUUGACACCCUGGCUAGGGAUCACGGCGAAAAUGAUUUGUUGCUUUUCUACGUUCUUGCUUCCCCGUGUGAUCAAAUGUGUACAAAUGCAUCUAGUCCCUAUAACAUUCUCAACAGCAUCAAAAUGAUUCAGAAGUGGAAGAACUAUGCUGUUGUGUUUUCCAAUGUAUUCAAGCCCCGUGAUGGUGACCCCAUACCUGACGAGGACCUACGUGGGGCUGUUGAGCGGCUUGGGCAGUCAGUUGGUCUGAGAAAUAUAUUCCGUUGCAAAGGACGUGUGAUGCAGUGCACAAGCUGCUCUAGUGGUACACAAGUUACACGCUUUUGUUAUUCAGACAAACCAUAACCUGAUCCCAGCCACAACUUGCCACUUGCAACUCUAUGUGAUACACAUCAUGAUCAGUGUGGGGGUGUUUAAAAAGAUAAUUUUCAUUUUGUUUCAAAUGUUUUAACUAAAUGUAUUUACAGCACUCAUGUAAUUGU